AUGAUAGGUCAUAAAGCUCAAAUUACCGGUAUUAUGCCACCCCCCCGUCGGGCUACCAUCAUUAGAAGGGGUGCUCACUCAGCAGAUCCCGAUGAGGGGACCUCCCCAAUAGCACAUUUGGGAAAACUGGCUAGUACAUGUAAUGGUGAGACGCGGAGAUCCCUUGGCGCUUCUUGUCCUCCCUCCUUCACCUUCUUCCAUCCUCUUCCACCUUCGUCCACCCUCGUCCAUCCUUAUCCACCCGCGUCCACCAUCAUCCACCCUCCUCCAACCACCUUCAACCUCGUCCACCCUAUUCCAUCUCUUCCACCCUCCUCCACCCUCGUCCAUCCUCAUCCACCCUCUUCCACCUUCGUCCACCCUCCUCCGCCCUCGUCCACCCUACUCCAGCCUCUUCCACCCUACUCCAGCCUCUUCCACCCUCGGCCACCCUUGGUCACACCCUCUUCCACCCUACCCCAGCCUCCUCCACCCUCGGCCACCCUUGGUCACACCCUCUUCCACCCUACUCCAGCCUCUUCCACCCUCGGCCACCCUUGUCCACCCUACUCCAGCCUCUUCCACCCUCGGCCACCCUUGUCCACCCUACUCCAGCCUCUUCCACCCUCGGCCACCCUACUCCAGCCUCUUCCACCCUCGUCCACCCUUGGUCACACUCUCUUCCACCCUACUCCAGCCUCUUCCACCCUCGGCCACCCUUUCCACCCUCUUCCACCCUACUCCAGCCUCUUCCACCCUCGGCCACCCUUGGUCACACCCUCUUCCACCCUACUCCAGCCUCUUCCACCCUCGGCCACCCUUGUCCACCCUACUCCAGCCUCUUCCACCCUCGGCCACCCUUGGUCACACCCUCUUCCACCCUACUCCAGCCUCUUCCACCCUCGGCCACCCUUGGUCACACCCUCUUCCACCCUACUCCAGCCUCCUCCACCCUCGGCCACCCUUGUCCACCCUACUCUAGCCUCCUCCACCCUCGGCCACCCUUGUCCACCCUACUCCAGCCUCUUCCACCCUCGGCCACCCUUGUCCACCUACUCCAGCCUCUUCCACCCUCGGCCACCCUUGGUCACACCCUCUUCUACCCUACUCCAGCCUCUUCCACCCUCGGCCACCCUUGGUCACACCCUCUUCCACCCUACUCCAGCCUCUUCCACCCUCGGCCACCCUUGUCCACCCUACUCCAGCCUCUUCCACCCUCGUCCACCCUUGGUCACACCCUCUUCCACCCUACUCCAGCCUCUUCCACCCUCGGCCACCCUUGGUCACACCCUCUUCCACCCUACUCCAGCCUCUUCCACCCUCGGCCACCCUUGUCCACCCUACUCCAGCCUCUUCCACCCUCGGCCACACUUGUCCACCCUACUCCAGCCUCUUCCACCCUCGGCCACCCUUGGUCACACCCUCUUCCACCCUACUCCAGCCUCUUCCACCCUCGGCCACCCUUGGUCACACCCUCUUCCACCCUACUCCAGCCUCUUCCACCCUCGGCCACCCUUGGUCACACCCUCUUCCACCCUACUCCAGCCUCUUCCACCCUCGGCCACCCUUGUCCACCCUACUCCAGCCUCUUCCACCCUCGUCCACCCUUGUCCACCCUACUCCAGCCUCUUCCACCCUCGGCCACCCUUGUCCACCCUCGUCCACCCUACUCCAGCCUCUUCCACCCUCGUCUACCAUUGUCCACCCUACUCCAGCCUCUUCCACCCUCGGCCACCCUUGGUCACACCCUCUUCCACCCUACUCCAGCCUCUUCCACCCUCGGCCACCCUUGUCCACCCUACUCCAGCCUCUUCCACCCUCGUCCACCCUUGUCCACCCUACUCCAGCCUCUUCCACCCUCGUCCACCCUCGUCCACCCUACUCCAGCCUCUUCCACCCUCGGCCACCCUUGUCCACCCUACUCCAGCUUCUUCCACCCUCGGCCACCCUUGGUCACACCCUCUUCCACCCUACUCCAGCCUCUUCCACCCUUGUCCACCCUCGUCCACCCUACUCCAGCCUCUUCCACCCUUGUCCACCCUCGUCCACCCUACUCCAGCCUCUUCCACCCUUGUCCACCCUUGGUCACACCCUCUUCCACCCUACUACAGCCUCUUCCACCCUCGGCCACCCUUGGUCCCAAACCUCUUCCACCUACUACAGCCUCUUCCACCCUCGGCCACCAGUUUCCUGAAUUUCAUGGGAGCCUCCGCACAACACAAAGCUAUCUUUAAAUCCCGUAAUCCGAAUUAUCUGAGGCAGUGA